UUCCGGAAUCCCCCCCCCGCAGCCCUGUGCCGUCGCAGACAAAAAGAGAAGGUUGAUAGGACCUUGGACUAGCAGUGGCUCUUGCUGUAAAUAUCAAUCUGCCCGUGAAUAAAUAGUAUCGCGUCCAUUGACAUGUCGGCCAGGAACCCUGGGACAACGCUUGACCUGGAGUGGAUAUCCAAAGUGAGGGUUAACACACACGCCGUACUGAAGAGAGCCCAGCAUGUACAAGCACAGAAGAUCCCAAAGAAACAGUGGCAGGCCGCAUGGCUGCUGAAGGCCGUCACUUGCAUCGACCUGACAACUCUCGCUGGAGACGACACGCCAUCCAACGUCCACCGGCUGUGCCUGAAAGCCAUCCAGCCGGUCCGACAUGACCUGCUUCGGGCGGUGGACAUGCACGACAAAGGAAUUACUACAGCAGCAGUGUGUGUGUAUCCAUCCCGUGUGGCCGACGCAGUCAAAUCCCUUCGAGAGGCCAACUCCAGCCUUGCCGUAGCCUCAGUGGCCACUGGUUUUCCAGCCGGCCAGACACCUCUGGAGACCCGCCUACAGGAAGUCCGCGUAGCGGUGGCUGACGGCGCCACGGAGAUCGACAUCGUCAUCAACAGGAUGCUUGCCCUCACUGGACAGUGGGAAGCUAUGUAUGAGGAGAUCCGUCAGUUUCGAGCGGCCUGUGGUGACGCCCACAUGAAGACCAUCCUGGCUAUUGGAGAGCUGGGCACCUUCACUAACGUCUACAAGGCCAGCCUGGUGGCUAUGAUGGCUGGCUCCGACUUCAUUAAGACGUCCACAGGAAAGGAGUCUGUCAAUGCCACUUACCCGGUCGCCAUAGUGAUGGCGAGGGCCAUCCGCGACUACUUCCUGUGUUCAGGCCACAAGGUGGGCUUUAAGCCAGCAGGGGGGAUCCGAACGGCUCAGGAGUCCCUGGUGUGGCUCGCUCUCAUCAAAGAGGAGCUGGGUAAAGACUGGCUCUGUCCGACCCUGUUCCGCCUGGGAGCCAGCAGCCUGUUGGCUGACAUCGAGAGGCAGAUCUACCAUCAUGUGACUGGACAGUAUGCUGCCUACCAUGAGCUGCCUAUGGCCUGAAUCUGUAGACUCCCUGUUCUAACAAGCAAUCAGAACCUCAGACUCGCCACACAAGCCUGUCAGUGUGCAACCGAGCAGCGUUGAGCUAAUCUCUGAGGCACACUCAUGAUCAGUGCUUUGACCAAUUUCUGUGACACAGAGCAAACUGCUGCCAUUGCUCUAUGUAAUGUGCACAUCUAGUUAUGAAAUGACUAAGAGGUGAUUCAACUUUGUCACAUAAUGAAUGUAUGUUUGGAAGUGAUGGCGAAGGUUGUGACAAAUUAAACUUAAUGAAAUUUAAGUGAUGAAAAACAAUAUUCAUCGAUCUGUCCCUCAGACCGUGAAAGUCUUAAUUUAAACACUGCUGAUAUUUUACAAAAUAAAGUAUAUUUGGAAA